AUGCUAUCGAAGAUCAGUGUCCACAAACUUAACUUAUGGGACGAUCAUAUUGGAGAUAUACAGCUGGGAAUAAAUACCACUGUUAAUAAAUCCACAGGAAAAAGCCCUUCAGAACUAUUGUUCGGUUUUAAGUUAAUCAAUGCGUCUGAGAAUUUAUUGAUCGAUGUAAUUGCAGAAACAUCUAAUAGACUUGAUGGCAAUAAUCUGGUACAAUUGAGGUCAAACGUUAGAGAAAGAAUUGAAAAACAACAAGAAUAUACUAAAAAACAAUUCGAUAAGCAUCGAAAAACUCCAACUAAAUAUAACGAAGGUGAUCUUAUUAGAAUAGAGAAGACUGUCAUAGAUAAGGAUCAUGUAGGUAAAUCAAAGAAAUUGAUCCCUAAAUUUCAUGGUCCAUAUCGAAUCUUGAAAAUCUUACCCAAUGACAGAUUUUUAGUUGAGGAUACACCUUUAACACGAAGAGGGAAUAAACGUUACGAGAAUGUAGUUGCCUUAGACAAGAUUCAUCCAUGGAUGAAUUUUAGGGAUUAUUCUACUGAUGGUACGGAAAGCGAACAAGAUGAUAAUACACAUGAAGAUGAAGAAUAGCUCUUAAUUAGUUCAUUGUUAAGUAGACUAUUACUGUGUGUCAUUGUUAGAGAUAUUGAUAGUGAGCAAUCAGUGCAGAAAAACGAACAGCAUCGAGAAAUCGAUGUUGCAUAUGAUUGC